GGACGACACAUCAUGCUUUGGGGGAGGUGAAGAUAACUACAUUCCGCUACUUUCCAGCACGUCAGGAGCUAUAUCCACCAGCAGACCAAACGGCAUAGUACCUUCAGCAAAAAGUUCAACAUGUCGUGAAGCUGAACAUCGAGUACACGAGGAUCCAUCGAUAUGGAUGGACACUCAUCCGUUGCGGUACCAUCGCGAGUUCGAUCAUGAUCGAAAAGUGGGCUCGUUCAGUAGUGCCGGGAGCCGCGCGCAAUCACGAUGCCACAGCCACCGACAUCGAGCUAGAUCCGUGGGGGCAGCACAUGGCGCCGAACGGUUUCGCACACCGGGCGAGUAAGUCCCACGCCGCCGGACCGGCCCCACAAGCCCAGGCAAUUCGCAAUGCGGGCUGGCUGUUGCGUCUAACUAAUCGCACCUGGGUGGGGUGGGGACACGGCCACGCAAGCUAGGCGCAAUCCCCAAACGCUGCGCCCCCAAUCUCAAAACUAGCUACCAGAACCAGCGAAGCCACCACCACAGGCACACCCAUGGAGACCGCUCAUUGCCGCAUCGCAGGCAAGGGGCCGACUACACCUACGCCUCGCGGUGCUGCUGCAACGCCCACGCCGCUGCGAAGCUGCACGCGUGGCCAGCGCAACAGCUCCGGCGCCCUCGGCCCCGUUCGAGAAUGCUGCCCGUGUGUGGUGAGCGCGGGCGGCCGGCACAAGGUACAGAAAAAGGCAGGCGGGCGCUGCGCCCCUGUGUGUGGUCUGCCGCUGGCUGGAUGCGGCCGGCCUGGAAAGCCGCUGCGGUGGCAGCCCGAUUCAUGGCGCGGACUGCUCGUCGCGCGGGCAUGGGCCUGCGGGAUAAAGGGGGGGCGGCAAAAUGGCUGUGGUCCCGCCCCCUUCCGGCGAUGGAGGGCGGGCUCUGUGGCGCUGGCUGCACACAGCAACGGCUCUGUGGCCGCUGGCUGCAUACCAAAAAAUCGCACAGGCCGGCACACAGGCCAACGGCGCCGGCGCUUCGCAGAGGGUCGCGGUGUGUGCGCGGGGCUCUGCAGCGCGUGCGUGGACGCACAAUCAAAUUUCCGCGGCCGGCCGAGCCGGCGCUGGCAGCACAGGCUUCACCCUUCUUUCAAGAGAAACAGGGCCACUACGCUCCGGCUUGCUGAGGCCCGCUAGCGAUGCACCGCCCAACGGUUCCAGGCAUUUUAGAAACGCCCGCCAGUACUUGGGCUGCCGGACUGCGCCCUUCCGGGGCGGAAGGGCGCCAACGCUGCGAGCCGGGCUCACCUUUAUCCGCGUGUCUGGGGGCAAGACGCGCAACGCCUGUCUCACCACGCAAAAGCGGCGGCCUGUCAGCUACUGAAAGUGCGCCACUGGUGGCCGCGCGAUGAUACCAAAACCCACAAACAGAGCACCACCGUCGCGAUUCGUCGCCCUUUUUUGCUAUGUUUUUCGCUCAUGAUCGCAACAUUUUUUCGAUCAUGAGCGAAGUCGCGAUGGUACCGCAGCGGUAUUGUGUCCGUCCAUAAACAUGUCGUGAAGCUGAACAUCGAGUACACGAGGACGAGCGGUUUUCGGUGGUCCGGUACCACAGUCUGGCCGCGCGAGUCGCGGAUGCGCAAGCUGACCGCAGGAUCCAAGUUUUGGC